CUGCUUUUCAAACUCUCGAGCACUCACAGCUACAAGACAACUAUGUCCAUGUCAAUUGAACCUCAAACUAUUUGCUAUGCGUCCUUGGGAGUCUUCCUCGUGUGGUAUAUCAUGAAAUGGCAGAGGGAUCCGCUCCACAACAUCCCCACCGUCGGGGGGCCCUCUCUCCCCAUCUUUUCAUACAUAACUGCCUUUAGAUUCAACUCAAAUGGCAAAGCGUUGUUCGAAGAGGGUUAUAAGAGGUACUACAACUCCGUUUUCAAAGUCGCUCUUCUCGACCAAUGGUUGGUGUGUCUUACUGGAAGCAAGUUGCUCGACGAGUUGAGGAAGCGCGGGGAGUCCGAGUUGUCAUUCUAUAAAGGCAUAGAGGACGUCAUGCAAACCCGGUUCACGAUGGGCCCGGAAAUCAUGGACGACCCGUACCAUAACGACAUCAUCAGGGACAAGUUGACGCACAUGCUGCCUGUCAUCGUUCCGGAAGCCAUUGACGAGCUCUCUAUCGCUCUUCCAGAAUAUAUCCCUACAGGUACCGCUGAUGAAUGGGUAGAAGUCAGCAUUUGUAGGCCGAUGCUGGAGAUCGUGGCCCGUUUGAGUAACCGCAGCUUUGUUGGGGCUCCUCUGUGUCGAGAGAAGGAGUACUUGGAUAUUGCGAUCGACUUUGCGAUCGACAUCAACUCGGACAGGCUCCUCCUGGGCUUCCUUCCUGAUUUUGUCAAGCGAUUCAUGGGCAAAUUCACAAGCAGCGCCAAGAGAUCCGUUCGCCGCACUCUGCCCUACUUCAAGGAUGUUCUCGCUGAGCGACGAAGGCUUAUGAAGGAAAAUGGUGACGACUGGCCGGACAAGCCGAAUGACACCAUUCAAUGGAUUCUUGAUUACGCUGUCCCAAGGGGCUAUGACGACUUCAGCGUCGUCAUGAGGAUCCUCUUCGUCAACUUUGGUGCCAUUCACACGACGGGAAACAGUCUGACGCACGCCCUCUACGAUCUCGCUUCUAUGCCCGAGUACAUUCAACCUCUGCGGGAGGAGAUUGACUUGAUCGUUGCCACAGAGGGCUGGACCAAGAAUGCGCUCGCCAAGAUGUGGAAGCUCGACAGCUUCGUGAAGGAGUCUCAACGGAUAAACGGCGUUGUACUGACCACGAUGAUUCGCAAAGCAGUCAAGGACGUCGUGCUCGUCAACGGCACCUUGAUUCCUAAAGGAACUAUGGUCAUAGGGCCUCAGCUUCCAACGCACCUCAACGAGGAAUACUUCCCAGAUGCGCAAACCUUCGACCCGUUCCGCUUCUCCCGUAUGCGGGAGAAAGAGGGGGAGGGAAUGAAACACCAGUUCGUACAGACCUCCACCGAGUUCGUCGCCUUCGGGCACGGCAAGCGCGCCUGCCCUGGUCGAUUCUUUGCUGCGAACGAGAUGAAAGCUAUCAUGGCGUACAUCAUCUUCCACUACGACUUGAAGAUUCCUGGUGACGGGUCCCGGCCUAAGAACCUGUACCACGGUCUUACUCACGUCCUUCCCGACCCCAAUGGCAAGGUAUUAUUCAGAAGGCGUAAACGCGAAAGCUGAAUCAAGCGCGGAGCCUGGAGACGGUUACGAGAUGUCAGUCGGACUGCCAUUCAUUUGCUUUUGAGUUCCGGAUUUCGUUCCGAGUUUUGGCAUCCAGUAUCUUCCUUGUCUCUUAUAGCAGACUCGUUGUGCAUCGCUUCCCAUUUUCCGUAAAUCGAACAAACCGCUCCCUGUCCUUACCCCUCAUGGCCACCUCGUCAAUGCAGA